CGGGCUACGGCUUGUCCUCUCUACCCCAUCGGGAGGCGGAGGCCUGCCCGAUGCCUGGGCCUGCAGCGCUGAGCGCCGCGGCGGCGGUGGCACUGGUGGCCGCCCUGCUCCUGGCGCGGCGUGAGGAGGCGGGGCCGGAGACCGGCCCCAGCAAACCCAAGCUGCCGAAGCUUCGGGAAGACUUCAAGAUGCAGAAUAAAUCCGUCUUUAUCCUGGGCGCCAGCGGGGAAAGUGGCAAAGUGCUGCUAAAAGAAAUCCUGGAACAGAACCUGUUUGCCAGAGUCACUCUGAUUGGCCGGAGGAAGCUCACCUUCGAGGAAGAAGCAUAUAAAAACGUGAAUCAAGAAGUGGUGGACUUUGAAAAAUUGGAAGACUAUGCUUCUGCCUUCCAAGGUCAUGAUGUUGGAUUCUGUUGCCUGGGUACCACCAGAAGCAAAGCUGGUGCGGAGGGAUUUGUUCGUGUUGACCGAGAUUAUGUGCUGAAGUCUGCAGAGCUGGCAAAAUCUGGAGGGUGCAAACAUUUCAAUUUGCUGUCUUCUAAAGGAGCUGAUAAGUCAAGCAAUUUUUUAUAUUUACAAGUUAAGGGAGAAGUAGAAGCCAGGGUUGGAGAAUUAAAAUUUGAUCGCUACUCCAUAUUUAGACCUGGAGUUCUGUUAUGCAAUAGGCAAGAAUCUCGCCCAGGUGAAUGGUUGAUUAGGAAGUUCUUUGGCUUCUUACCAGACUCUUGGGCCAGUGGCCACUCUGUGCCUGUCUCGACUUUGGCUAGAGCAAUGCUGAACAACAUGGUGAGACCAAGUGACAAGCAGAUGGAAAUUCUGGACAACAAGGCCAUCCACGACCUGGGGAAAGCUCAUGGUGUUCUCAAGCCAUGACCACACUGGAGAAGCACUUUUGACUGCAGACCUCAACAUCUAUCACUAAAUCUAUAAUUUCAUGGCCUUGAAAGAAUUUGUGUGCUUUACCUUGGUUGUUUGACUAUUCUCAGCCACACAGAUCCAAUCAGGACAUGACUUUGCUCUAUAUUGGUGGCUUAUGGCCUGAUUAUACAUGUAGAUCACUCAGGAAGCUUUUGAAAAAUGAGAUUUAUAGGCCCUGUUUCAAAUCUUCUGAAUCGGAAUGUGGGAGAUGUGGGCAUAGGAAUCUGUGGUUUUAUUUUGCUUAAAAUUCCUCUGGUGGUUAUGGGCGACAGCUUUGAGACACUCCUCUGCAAUCACAACAGUAGUGUAACCCCUAUGUGCCAUGCAGAUGAAUGCUGUGGUAAAACUUGACAUUUUUGUUCUAAUUAAUAGCAUAUAACUGUGUAAGUGAACACUGUGCCUUUACUACUACUUUAAAUAUAUAAUAAAAAAUUAACAGUUUAUAUAGUUCAUGGGAGAAUUAAAUAGGGCAAUGAAAAUAAAUGCACAAAUCCUGGGUGCCUCUUCAAUGGUUCGAAAAUAUUAGUUGUACUAGUGGUGAUGGGCAGCUUUUCAGCCAAUGCAGUGAUAUAAUAACAGCUAUCAUUUAUCAAGUGCUGGCUAUGUUCCAGUCCUUACAUAUAUCAUCUAUGCUUUAACCUUCCAAACAAUCCUUAUAAAAUGAUAUUGUCCAUUUUAUCACCUUUUCUCCUUUUUUAAAAAUCCUUAUAUCUUAGAUGGGGAAACUGAUGCCUUAUUUAGGGAUCCAAAGCUGAAGCCCUAAAACUAGGAAAUGGCAGAGUCAGGAUUCUAACCCAGCUCAGCCUGUUAACCACUCAACAAAAGAAUCCUGUGUCUGUAUAUUUCCAGGUGGUUCCAAUGAAUUGUUAGUACAUGUCAUGGAUGAAUAAAGUUGAAAUAUUUGGGUUUC